CUAAAAUAUAAGAAAAUGGUCUCUCGAAAGGAUAAAUUUGGUCUCAACAUUCCUCAUUCGGCGCACCAACCCAGCAAUUAAAGACGCUCUGUUCUCUACUUAUUUAAGUCCCUUCAUAGGCUCUCACAGCUCCCAAAUCAACCCUUCUUGGAUAAUAGCCCUUUACGGCCAAACUUUUCCUGGAAACUCUGGGUAUCUUCCUGUCCUAGAUAAAGUUUCCAUUUUGAGAGUGAUUUUUUACUGGUUUUGGUUCUUUUGAAGCUGACUUCUGUUCUUUUGGGUUCCAGUGGGGAAAGCUGUUGUUUGUGCUGCAGAUCCAAAAUGGGGAAGCCUGUUUUGCUCCACUCGUUACUACUCUCUGGACUUCUUCUGCUGGCUGGUUUGGAUGUUUCCUUGGUGAAUGCAGACGACCCAUAUCGUUUCUACACUUGGACUGUCACUUAUGGCACCAUUUCUCCUCUUGGAGCUCCUCAACAGGUGAUUCUCAUCAAUGGGCAAUUCCCUGGUCCUCAACUAGAUGUGGUGACAAAUGACAACCUUGUCCUCAACCUCAUCAACAAGCUUGAUGUGCCUUUCCUUUUGACCUGGAAUGGGAUUAAGCAAAGGAAGAAUUCAUGGCAAGAUGGAGUUCUGGGAACAAACUGCCCUAUCCCACCUGGCUCCAAUUACACGUACAAUUUCCAACCAAAAGAUCAGAUUGGGUCUUUCACUUAUUUCCCAUCCACUGGUUUCCACAGAGCAGCUGGUGGUUAUGGAGCCAUUAAUGUGUACCAGAGGCCCAGAAUCCCUGUGCCUUAUGCAACUCCAGAUGGAGAUUUCACUCUAUUGGUUGGUGACUGGUACAAGACUGGCCACAAGGCAUUACAGGCUUCUCUGGAUUCAGGCAAGUCUCUACCUUUCCCAGAUGGUGUACUUAUAAAUGGCCAUACCCAAGCCACCUUCAGUGGUGAUCAAGGAAAAACCUACAAGUUUAGGGUCUCUAAUGUAGGAUUGAAGAAUACCUUGAACUUUAGGAUUCAGGGCCACACAAUGAAGCUGAUUGAGGUUGAAGGUUCUCAUGUUGUUCAGAACAUGUAUGACUCUCUUGAUGUGCAUGUUGGCCAAUCUGUCAAUGUCUUAGUGACACUGAAUCAAGCUCCCAAGGACUACUACAUCGUUGCAUCGACUCGUUUCACACCGAAAAAGCUGGUGGCAUCUGGUGUUCUGCACUACACCAACUCCAAAACUCCGGUAUCUGGACCACUUCCUGCUGAACCAAGUUACCAGCUUCAUGGCUCCAUGGAGCAAGCCAGAACUUACAGGUGGAACUUGACAGCAAAUGCAGCCAGGCCAAAUCCUCAGGGCUCUUUCCACUAUGGAAAGAUUACAACGACAAAUACAAUCGUAUUGUCGAACUCAGCACCUUUGAUCAACGGGAAGCAACGCUACGCUGUGAACGGGGUCUCAUAUGUCAAUGCUGAUACUCCAUUGAAGCUUGCUGACUACUUCAACAUCCCUGGAGUUUUCAGCACGAGCUCACUCCAAACCGUACCCAAUGGUGGUGCUGCAACCGUAGCCACUUCUGUCAUCCCAACUUCUCUCCAUGAUUUCAUCGAAGUUGUGUUCCAGAACGACGAGAACGCAAUGCAAUCUUGGCAUCUUGAUGGCUAUGACUUCUGGGUUGUUGGCUUUGGUUCUGGUCAAUGGGCACCAGCUAAGAGAAGCACUUACAACCUUGUUGAUGCUCUCACCAGACACACUACUCAGGUGUAUCCAAACUCAUGGACAGCCAUAUUGGUGUCACUGGACAACCAAGGAAUGUGGAACAUGAGGUCUGCAAUAUGGGAGAGGCAAUACCUUGGACAACAAUUCUAUCUCAGGGUUUGGUCUCCGGUCCAAAGCCUUGCCAAUGAGUACUUCAUUCCUACCAAUGCUCUCCGUUGCGGCAAAGCCGUUGGGAAGAGCCAUUAAAUUGACUGCCGUAUAAGGAAAACAUUACUAUUUACUACAAUCCUUUUGUCUGGUGUUCUUCUUGGUCAUGAGAGGAUGGCCGUGAAUUACGAGACAACGCGGUGGAAUAGAGUGAGAUAGAGAGCACAUUUGAUUCAUUUACAUCGUUAUUGUACACAGGAAGUGUUGGUUUUGGAAGGUUUAAAGCUUGGUUCUUAUGUAUAAUUGAUUCUUUCACUUUAGGCUUCCAUUGACACUUUCAUUUAUACUAGUAAGCUGCACGCGACUAUCUAUUUUGUAUAAUAUCUGUAAAUGAAAAUAGUGCCACGGG